UCUGCUCGUCAAGAAGAUGGCAGCGUCCAGGCAGGCAUGAGAGGAAACUACCCCGCUCUCGUCGCAUGAACUGGGAUUAUUGACGCCGGAUCGGAGCGCACUUGUGUGUUUUUGCAUUUCCUGCACCGGGUUGAGAGUCAUGUCUGCCCCUGGCUCGGCGGGGUCUGGGACCACGGCCGCGGUGCUGCAGCCGCGCUGGAAGCGGGUCCUCGGGUGGUCCGGUCCCGUCCCGCGGCCCCGGCACGGACACAGAGCCGUCGCUAUCAAGGAACUCAUGGUUGUGUUUGGUGGAGGAAACGAAGGCAUCGUUGAUGAGUUGCAUGUAUACAACACUGCAACAAACCAGUGGUUUAUCCCGGCGGUCCGUGGCGAUAUUCCCCCUGGCUGUGCCGCAUACGGUUUUGUAUGUGAUGGCACAAGGUUGCUGGUAUUUGGUGGAAUGGUGGAAUAUGGAAAGUACAGCAACGACCUUUAUGAACUACAGGCCAGCAGGUGGGAGUGGAAAAAGUUGAAAGCAAAAAACCCGAAGAACGGCCCCCCUCCAUGUCCUCGGCUGGGCCACAGCUUCUCGCUGGUCGGUAACAAGUGCUAUCUGUUUGGUGGACUGGCCAACGACAGCGAAGACCCAAAAAACAACAUUCCCAGAUACCUGAAUGACUUGUACACGCUGGAGCUCCGUCCAGGCUCCAGUGUGGUCGGGUGGGAUAUUCCCAUCACUUACGGAGUCCUGCCUCCCCCUCGUGAGAGCCACACUGCAGUCGUGUACACAGAGAAGAUGAGCAGGAAGUCUCGCCUCAUCAUCUAUGGCGGCAUGAGCGGCUGUCGUCUGGGUGACCUGUGGACACUGGAUAUCGACACCCUGACGUGGAACAAACCCACAGUGAGCGGCAUCGCGCCUCUUCCUCGAAGUCUCCACUCUGCCACCACCAUCACAAACAAGAUGUAUGUUUUUGGAGGAUGGGUCCCGCUAGUGAUGGAUGAUGUAAAAGUGGCCACACACGAGAAGGAGUGGAAGUGCACGAACACUCUCGCCUGCCUAAACCUCGACUCCAUGUGUUGGGAAACGGUGCUGAUGGAUACUCUAGAAGACAACAUCCCCAGGGCUCGUGCUGGCCACUGCGCCGUAGCCAUCAACUCCAGGCUCUACGUGUGGAGCGGCCGCGACGGUUAUCGAAAAGCCUGGAACAACCAGGUCUGCUGUAAAGAUCUGUGGUACUUAGAAACAGAGCGGCCACACGCUCCUGCCAGGGUCCAGCUAGUCCGUGCCAACACCAACUCUCUGGAGGUGAGCUGGGGGGCCGUCUCCACCGCCGACACCUACCUGUUGCAGCUGCAGAAGUACGACAUCCCUGCCACUCCGGCCGUGGCUUCACCAGCCAUGAGUGCAGCCCCGUCGCAGCCCCUCAACUCCCCGAAGAGCCCUGCCCCGGCGGCUGCAGCGCCCUCCUCUCAGAGCCUCCCACAGACAGCUGUUUUAAAGGUUGCAGCUCAGCAGUCUACAGGUGCAUCUGUCGUCACAGUCCGGCCCAGCCAGCCAGGGAAAUCCCCCGUCACUGUGACAUCCCUCCCUGCAGGUGUCAGGAUGGUGGUCCCCGCCCAGACCACCCAAGGAUCGCCAAUUGGAAGCAGCCCUCAGAUGAGCGGCAUGGCAGCGUUAGCUGCUGCAGCUGCAGCCACGCAGAAGAUCCCGCCCUCCUCCGGAGGCACCGUCCUCAACAUGCCUGCAGGCGCCACCAUCCUCAAGACGGUGGCCGUGUCCCCCGGCACCGCCACGGUGAAGAUGGCCUCUCCAGUAAUGGUCAGUAAUCCUGCUACGCGGAUGUUGAAGACCGCCGCGGCCCAGGUGGGCACCGUGCCGGCCUCCUCCCCCACCAACACCAGACCCAUCAUCACUGUGCACAAAUCUGGAGCCGUCACGGUGGCUCAGCAGGCCCAGGUGGUCACCACCGUGGGAGGGGUCACCAAGACCAUCACGCUGGUCAAGAGCCCCCUCACCAUGGGCAGCAGCGGCACUCUGAUCUCCAACCUUGGCAAGAUGAUGUCCGUGGUACAAACCAAGCCGGUGCAGACAUCAGCGGUCACAGGCCAGGCCUCCACUAACCCCCUCGCACAGAUCCUACAGACUAAGGGGCCUCUCCCAGCGGGCACCAUCCUCAAGCUGGUGACCUCCGCUGAUGGCAAGCCUACAACAAUCAUCACAACAUCCCAGGCAGGGGGCGCAGGAAACAAGCCCACAAUCCUCAACAUCAGUGGCGUCUCGCCCACCACCACUAAACAGGGCACCACCAUCAUUAAGACCAUCCCCAUGUCCGCCAUCAUGAGCCAGCCCGGAGCUACAGGUCUGAACUCGAAGGAUAUAAAGACAGACAUGUCUGUCUGCAGCCUGAGGGAUUAUAUGCUACAACAAAGUGUAACGAGCAGCUCGGGCAUGAAGACUCCUAUAACCAUCCUGACCACCAAGGUGAUGACGACUGGGACUCAAGGUAAAAUCAUCACCGCGGUGCCCAAGCUCGCCACUGCCGGCCAACAGGGACUCACGCAGGUGGUCUUGAAGGGUGCUCCUGGACAACCUGGCACUAUUUUGCGCACAGUUCCCAUGAGCACGGUGGGCGGUGUUCGUCUCGUCACCCCAGUGACCGUGUCUGCCGUCAAGCCUACAGUCACCACGCUGGUCGUCAAGGGGACUACCGGAGUCACCACUCUCGGUAACGUGACUGGGACGGUGUCCACCAGCCUGGCAGGCAGCACGGUGGACAGCUCCAGCGCCUCCCUGGUGACGCCCAUCACCACCCUGGGGACGGUGGCCACGCUGUCCAGCCAGGUCAUCACCCCCGCUCCCAUCACCGUGUCGGCGGCCCAGACGAGCCUGAGCUCCGCCACCACCCUGCCCUCCUCCACCAUCGCCGUGCAGAACCAGCCCACCCAGGUGACCCUGAUCACCACCCCCAGUGGCGUGGAGGCCCAGCCGGUCCAGGAUCUGCCCGUGUCCAUCCUGGCCUCGCCCACCUCCGAGCAGCCCAGCUCCACCGACGCUGCAGCAGCAGGGGAGGGCUCCGGCACCGUGACCCUGGUCUGCUCCAACCCGCCCUGCGAGACCCACGAGACCGGCACCACCAACACGGCCACCACCUCAUCCGCCACCAUGGGAGCCGGGCCGGUCUGCUCCAACCCGCCCUGCGAGACCCACGAGACGGGAACCACAAACACCGCCACCACGUCCUGCGCCACCAUCGGAGAAGCCCAGAAGUGCUCCAACCCGCCCUGCGAGACCCACGAGACCGGCACCACCAACACGGCCACGACGGCGUCUUCCAGCAUGUCUGGCCUGCGCAUGUGCUCCAACCCGCCGCGCGAGACUCAUGAAACGGGGACAACUAACACGGCCACCACGGCCUCGCCCAGCAUGGGCGGAGCCCCGCAGGUGUGCUCCAACCCGCCCUGUGAAACCCACGUGACCGGCACCACGGACACGCCCACCCAGGUCUCGUCCAACAUGAGCACGGGCAAGACGGGCACCGUCUGCUCCAACCCACCCUGCGAAACACACGAGACGGGGACCACCAACACGCCGUCCACGGCCACCUCCAGCAUGGGCGGGGGCCAGACCGGCACGGCCGCAUCGGGGGUGCAGAGGGUCUGCUCCAACCCGCCCUGCGAAACGCACGAGACGGGGACCACCAACACGCCGUCCACCACCACCUCCAGCAUGGGGGAGGGCCAGGCCGCGGUCCAGAGGGUCUGCUCCAACCCGCCCUGCGAAACGCACGAGACCGGCACCACCAACACGGCCACCACGGCCACCUGCAGCAUGGAGACGGGCGAGGACACAGCUGCCCAGCAGACGGAGGAGGCGACAGAAGGCACCAGCAGUACAGAGGCGGCCCCCACCACCACCGCCGCCGCGGCCAUGGCCACCACCACCACCACCCAGGGCAGGGCCAUCACCACCGUCACCCAGUCCACGCCGGCCCCCGGACCCUCAGUCCCAUCUAUUUCCUCGAUCACCGAGGGGGGGGUUUCCGCUGCCAGCUCCACAGAGGAACCCAUGCAGACGGACGAGGCCGCACCCUCCGAGGAGGCCGCCACGGCCAUGGAGUCACAAGCAGAGGGGGAAGCAGCGGCCGCCACGGCCCUGAGCCUGCCCUCGGAGCUGAUGUCUGAGGGCCAGGGAGCCACCCUGAUGGUGACGGGGCUGUCGGACGAGGAGCUGGCCGUGACGGCUGCAGCGGAGGCCGCCGCUCAGGCGGCCGCCACCGAGGAGGCUCAGGCCCUCGCCAUCCAGGCCGUCCUGCAGGCAGCCCAGCAGGCCGUGAUGAGUGAGGCUGAUGCGUCCGGAGACGGCCAGCAACACGCCAACAUCCCCAUCAUGCUGACCCAGCAGGAGCUGGCGGCGCUGGUCCAGCAGCAGCAGCAGCUCCAGGAAGCUCAGGCGGCGGCCCAGCAGGCGGCCGUGGACACCAACCUGCCCACCGAGGGCCUGGCCCCCGCCGACAGUCUCAACGACCCGUCUGUGGAGAGCAACGGACACAACGAGAUGGCCCCCUCGGUCCCCACCACGGUGGUGUCCCUGCUGCCACGGACCACCGCUGAGACGCUCGCCCCGUCAAGCACGUUUGCUGUAUCAGUAUCAGUUGCCAGUCCAGCCAAGCUCCAGGCAGCGGCCACGCUGGCCGAGGUGGCCAACGGCAUCGAGGGAGAGAAGCCGACCCCUCCGCCGGCCCCAGUGAAGCCCGUCGUGAAAAAGGAGAACCAGUGGUUCGACGUAGGGAUCGUGAAAGUGACAAAUACGGUCGUCACUCACUUCUAUGUGCCAGGAGAUGAUUCCCAUGGAGAUGACGACUCCGGUAUCGUCCCGGACUACAGCCAAAUGAAGAGGAUGGAGCUGCAGCCCGGCACGGCCUACAAGUUCCGCGUGGCCGGGAUCAACGCCUGCGGCCGCGGAACCUUCUCCGAGAUCUCCGCUUUCAAGACCUGUCUACCAGGGUUCCCCGGGGCGCCCUGCGCCAUCAAGAUCAGCAAGAGCCCAGACGGGGCCCACCUGACCUGGGAGCCGCCGUCGGUGACGUCAGGGAAGAUCAUCGAGUACUCUGUGUACUUGGCCAUCCAGAGCAGCCAGACGGCCGAGGCCAAGGCCUCCACCCCGGCCCAGCUGGCCUUCAUGCGGGUGUACUGUGGGCCCAACCCCUCCUGCUUGGUGCAGUCGUCCAGCCUCUCCAACGCCCACAUCGACUACACCACCAAGCCCGCCAUCAUCUUCCGCAUCGCUGCCCGCAACGAGAAGGGCUACGGCCCCGCCACCCAAGUCCGAUGGCUUCAGGAAUCUGGUAAAGAUGCCGCCUCUGCAAAACCUGCCCCCAAAAGACCAGGCACCUCUCCUGAUACUAAGACUACUGGUCCAAAGAAAGCAAGGACGGACCAGUGAGGUUGCCCAGAGACCCCUCCCAGUCUUUUCCAGUCUUUUGUCCUGUUUUUUUUUUUUUUUUUGCUUUGUUUUCUGGGUUUUUCCCCCUUUCCCUCCACUUGCUGUCCUUUCCAUCAGGAAGACUGACCCUCACCCCUCCUCGUCCAAAUGUCAUCCUUCACCCCCUCAGAUGAAGAACGGAGGCGAAACAAAGUAUGAAGUGGAGAUGAAAGUCAAUCUGAGAGACGCUUCUGUAGAUAAAUCCUCGUCCUUCCUCGUUCUGUUGGUCGUACUAUUUUUAGAGCAACACAAACCUAGAAGCACAUUGUCUUUUUCAGUCCCCGCCCCCUUUCCAUCCUUUUAACAUCUAUUUUUGGCUUGUUUCAAGUAGAUGAACAGUAAUAGAGAAGCAUUUGCAUCUUUCACAAACUGGGAGCCAGCCUGAGCGCAACGUUACCUUCUUUCUUCUGUUUUGUGAAUUCUGGGGAAUGUAGAGAGAGACUACGUUGAACUGUACAGUGUCGAGAAAAAAGCUGCGGAGGCAUUUGUGUAGACGAGAGGAAAACAGGUAUGGAGACAAACAAAGCACUUGUCCUCUAGGAACGAGGACAUCCCUUUUCUUUUCUUUGUUUUUUUUUUUUUUUAUUUUAUUUUUGGCUCACAACAAAUUUUCUGGCCGGAGAAGCGAGUGUACAGUCAUCCUCCUGGAGCCCGGUCUCCCGGUGUCACCGUCACUGUGCUCUCCCCCCCCCCCCACCCCGAGAGGACCGGUGGACAAAAAGGAACAGCAAAAGGAAGAGAUUUGUCGAGAGAGGAAUGCGGACUUUGUUACGACAGAGACUUGCAGCACACGUUUAAGGAAAAAAAAAAAAUCUUUCAAAACCCUCCCAAAAAAAUUAGCAAGCAAGAAGAUCUUUUGUGUAGUUUAUUUUUGUAUUUUUUAAGCUUUUUUUUUUUCCUCUUUUUUUUUUUCUCUUCCCCCUGUGUAUGUGUAUGUUGUGUGCAUUUUUAAAAAAAACAUGACUUUUUUUAACUGUUGUCCAUCCCCGUAGUUUGUGUUGGCGUGAAGAUGGGUGGCUGUGUUCAGGUUGCCACUAUAUUUUUACAACUGUUCAUUGAUUGGUUGCAUGUUCCUGUGGACAGACGGCAGCGGAGAGAGGCGGCCUGUCGCGUUCGUUUGAGUUGAAGCGCGGAGGUUAUAGGACUGAAGGGAACUUUGAGCUGGACCCGGGGGAGGAGACCUUUUCUUUUGUUUACUCUUCACUCAGUAGUUGUUGCUUCAUUUUGCCAAACCAGGAAUUUCCCCAGCCGUGAGGAAAGUCGACAUCAGAUCUGUCACGCCUUUCCUCGUGAUAUCCCGUUCUCCUGUUCCACGCUUUUUAUGCUCAUGAAUGUGGUGUCUCACUCUCUUUAAUUUUUAGAAGGCAAAUUAUAUUAGUAGACCUCCCUCCCCCCUCCCCUCCCCUAUCGAUGUAUGUGAAUCCAUUUAAUAAAUUUACAUUUUUUUUUCCUUCCA